AUGGCGAUCUUGCCAACUCACCAUAGCAGAUUUCAGCCAAUUCCCGUCCAUAGAUCCGGUCUUAGACUCAGAGAAAAGUAUGUUUUGUUGUUAAUUUUUAUAGCUUUUCUUCUUUUAUGCUUUGGAGCAUUCUUCUUCGUCCCAGACUUGAGAGACCGGACUUACCUGGAGAACGCUUACAAAAAAUUCGUAGGUGCCGGUGGCGAUAUUUUGCCCAUUAGACCUCCUAAAACACCCAUUGUGAAGCAUGUCGAAGGUAAAUAUCUGAUAUUUUUGUCAACUUAAAGACUUUUUGACUUGAUUUAAGUAAACCUAAGGCGCUAUUUUGCAGCCUUUGUCGCUAAUCUUUAAUGUGUUUUCGUUUCCACUCAAGAAGCCACCUCGCUGCCUAACAAGAGAGAAGGCGACGAUCUAGGAGCUGAAAAUCAGAAUGUUGAAGUUAAUGUACCUCAGAAAACUCCGACAAAACUGUCCUUAAACCAUAAGGAAUUAAUGGAAAAAAUAAGAAAGGACAAAGAGAAGUUUAGAGAAGAGAAGAAAUCUCAAAAGGAAGCUGAAAAGCGCGCUAAAAUUGAGAAAUUAGUGAACAAUUCUAAGGUGGACGAGACCGGAGCAAAGGGAAUCACCGGGGGAGAACCUUCUGAUGAGAUAGCUAAGACACGAAGAAAUUUUAUAAAAAAGGUACGUUGA